AUGUCCUCGGCACCUAUAUCGACAUUCGACAAAACCCUAUCAUUGAAGUACCUGGGAUUACCACACGAUUACUCUCCCUCUCCUGAAACUGAUCCCGUUGCAUUUCUUAUCCGGCAUCUCUCCCAUUUACCGCCCAACAUUCUACACCAUUACUCCCAGAUAACUACACCAAAGCAGAGAACUAACAUACCUUCCAUUCGAAACAGACGUCUCCAAUACACACGUAAAAAUCCUUCUGAGCUUCGGUUCGAGUCAGCGAUGAAGACAUGGCCGAAUCUUUGGGGAAAGCGCGAACGAGGAGACGGGCAAGAAGAAAAGGCUUGGGGACAGAACGAGUUCCUCCAAGGGAGAAAGCAGCACGUAGGGAAGUUGGGGAGUCUUUUGGGGGAAUACGAGGAAGAGCGGGAGGCUCAACGCACGCGUGACCUAUGGAGGGCACCCGCUGAGGAUGAUUUGGUUCCUGAAGAAGACACUGACAGCGACGACGAAGGGCCGAGUAUGCCAGAACAAGAGACAGAAGAUGAAGCGAGAACAUGGUUUGAAAGACGUAUUCGCGAACGGUUUAUCUAUGGGCUUCUUGAUAAUGUUGACUACGGCAAAAUCGACUGGGACGAGACACUGAAUGGAGACAAUGAAAGAGAAGCGGAAGAGCGGUGGUUCGACGACGAGGACGAGCCUUAG